GAGCUAUAAAUAAGAAACCUUUUGCCGCUUACAUUUUCAUCUGCGUAGCAUUCCAUUUCUUUCAUUAACGUGACCUUCGAGAGCUUCUUCCAUGGCUUCAACAUCUGAGAAGAAGGUUAGUAGUUACUACAUACCCGAUGACAUUGCUUUCUCUAUUCUCUCUAAACUUCCUAUUAAAUCUCUCAAGCGUUUUUUUUGUGUUCGCAAAUCAUGGUCUCUUUUAUUUGAAAACCCUAAUUUCAUCUACAUGUUUCACAACAAUUUCCUAUCCAAAUCCCAUUCACUCUACGAUGAUGUUUCUAUCAUUCUAAACCAGUUUGCGAGUCCUGAUUUUCAUUGGAAUUUGUAUUUGCUCUCUGGUGAGAAGUUGGAGAGUAAGGUUAAAUUGGAUUUUCCACCUCCUUUUCACAUUCAACAAAAUGGUGUUACACUUACUCGUAUUUUAAGUUCUGCUAUUAAUGGCAUUCUUUGUAUAUAUGACUGUGAUAAUCAUACCAAGGCUAUAUUAUGGAACCCAGCUACUAAGGAAAUUAAGGUCAUUCCUCCUAGUCUUGGUGAAUUUUCACCUGAGUUUAGAACUGUUUUUACUCUUCAUGGAUUUGGCUAUGACCAUGUUAGUGAUGACUAUAAAGUUAUUCAACAUGUGAGUUAUUUUGUAUUUGAUGGAGGUCCUUGGGAUAAUGUGAUACCCGACCCUUUUUGGGAGAUAUAUAGCCUAAAAAGAAACUCGUGGAGGAAACUCGAAUUUUUUACACAACCUCGUUACUAUGAUAUAGAUACUGAAGUCUACUUGAAUGGGGUGUGUCAUUGGUUGGGGAAAACAAUUGAUAAAACACAUGUGGUGUCAUUUGACUUGUGCAAUGAGGUGUUCUUUUUUACACCUUCACCAUUAGAAGAUGUGCAUGAUGAUUUUGAUGUUCAUCUAGUGGGAUUAAAUGGGAAUGUUGCUAUGAUAUCAAAUUAUAAAAAUACUUCGUCUUUUCACAUAUCUAUUUUGGGUGAACUCGGUGUCAAAGAAUCAUGGAUUAGACUCUUCGAUGUUGGGCCCUUGUCUAGUAUUGACCAUCCUAUUGGAACAGGGAAGAAGGGCAAUAUAUUCUUCAGAAAAGAAAAUGAUGAACUAGUUUGUUUAGAUUUAACAACUGGGGUGAUUGAGGAGAUUGGUUUUAAAGGAGAAAAGUUAUGGUGUCAGAUGGUAGUUUACAAGGAAAACCUUCGUCCAAUUAGAUGAGUAAACAAUUAAUUGCUUUUGCAGCGUAUGUGUGAAGUUUUCAACCAUGAGGUUUAUGUGUCUAGUUCUUAGAAUUUAAUAAUCUUAUCCCAAGGUGAACUUUAUCAAGUUAUUUAUAUGCAAAUUGGCUUGUCAAUUGCCCAUAUUAAAUGCAUUAUCAAGUAUAAGACAAAGAAGCAUUUGUCUUGCUUUACCAGUUUUAUUUCAAUGCUUGACUUGUUCUAUGGCUUAUUGUUCUGGUUUCUAUUUCUAUUGUAUGAAUGGGAUCUUCUCUUUAUUCAAUGUUCUAUAUAGCUUUUAGCCUGUUGUUAAGUUA